AUGGUUAAUCCAAUGAAUAUUGCAAGGCACCAGUCAUCAUUAGUAUGUUACCCUGUUGAUUCGAGAAUUGUUUCUGAACUGAUUAUUGAUGAUUUCAACAGCAAUGAUGAAUUAAAUAUUGAUGAUGAUUUACUGAAUAUGUUAACUAAUGAAAUGCUCAAAGAUACAUCAGAUAUGACUCAAUUUGAUGACAUUAUAUCACAACUUAAUAAUCGCACUGGAUUAAAAAGUGAACGACAAUUACAAAAAACAAUGUUAAAUUCAUUACAAUCAAGUAUGUUGAUACCUUCUAAUAAAUUUAUUCAAACUAACAAUUCAUUAACUAAACAGAUAGGUAUUAGUGAUGCAAUUCUUGUACAAACAAUUUCACAAAGUCAUAAUCAAUUAUGCAAUACUCCAUUGAUAUCGGACAAAGUAAAAGUUCAUCCAAAGCAAUCGACAACUGUAACUCCUGUUAAUAAUACGUCAAAGUCGAAUACUUUCAUACAAUGUAAUGCCCCACAAAUAAUACCAAAUGAUUUAGUAUAUCAAGAAGAAUCUCUUCAAAAAGAUAUGAUAAAAUCAAAUAAAAUUCAAAUAAAAUGUCAACCACGUUCAAAAUUUCGUCCACGAACACAAAAUGAAAGUAAAACUUCAUCACACUAUUUACGAUGUGAAGAUGAUGCUGAAUUAGAUCAUCCUGCAAUAUAUAUACCUGAGAUAUGGGCUUGUCAAUCAGAUAUGAAUAUUAUUGAAGUUGCUCUUAUGGAUAUUGAGAAACAACCACAUCCAUAUACUAUUGAUAAUAAAAUUAUUAAAAAUUCAUUAGAAGAUCAAGCAUUAAUUUUCAAAGGAGAUAAACCUAAUAUAUUAUAUUUCCGUUUAACUAAUGAAGAUUUUCUAAAUGGUUACAAAACCUUUAUGAUUGAAUUAAUUAAAAGUAAACAAGAUGAUGUUAUUACAAAAAAAUUAAUUCGAUUACGAAAACUUGAUCAAUCAAUGCUUCGUUUUACACGAAUUUAUCAAGAUAAAUAUGGUAACUAUCAACGAGAUGUUAAUAGUGAAGAAUAUUCUUGUAUGAUGACAGAAAAUUAUGUUGAUGUUGCUGUUGAACAUGUGGGUCCACGAUAUGGUCCAAUGUGUGAACAGUCGAUGAUAUUUAUUGUUCUUAAAGGACGUGUUAGUAAGAAUGAUUUAUCUAUUAUUGUUUGUGAACAAACAACUAUGUGGUCUCAGAAAAUAAAAAAGUUUAUCUUGAAUAGUAAUAUCAUUUAUUUUCCUAUGCCUGCUUUUCCAUAUUCAUGUAUGAAUUAUAUAAAAGCAAGUAUCAAUAUCUACUAUAAAAAUCAACAAUUUCAUGAAUCAACUUAUCUAUAUAUGAAUUCCUUAGACAAAGAACUCGUUGAUCUUGAUUUGAAUGACACAAAUUCACAUAUUAAUGAUUUUAUGACAAAAAAGAAACUUAAUCAUGAUAUCGUUGACAAUAUAUUUUGUA